AUGGACUCGACGUCUCCAGUCGGAGGUGCUUCAGGCACCAGUGGAGCCUCCAGAAGACUCCAGUUUCGCCGAAUGACCCAUCAUCGCAAGCGAGCUGUGACCGCAUGCGAGCCAUGCAGAGCGCGGAAGGCCAAGUGCACAAACGAAAGACCUGUGUGCCAGCCGUGUGUCAAGUUAGGCACUCAGUGCUCCUAUGAGCAACGAGCAAACCAUUCCUCAUUUGAUCCAGCAAGUCUGUUGAUUAUUGAAAAGUUGAAUCAAGUUUUGAGCAGGCUGGAUAACAACGAAGAUGAUCCACCGAUUCCCUCAGAAAGUGCCACGUGCGAAUCACAACAAGGUCCAGACGUACAGCCCGGUAUCGAGGAGAAAAUAUAUUUCUGCUCUUCGUUUACCUCUACCGAGUGUGUCAUGAGCUGGCCUAUAUUCGAAGGCGAGCUGGAUCGAGUCAAUCUUAACGAAAAGACCUUCUUAAUAGACUAUGAAAGAACAAGGGCCUUUGACAAAGAAUAUUUAGAGGGGACUCGCGCUCACCGAGCAAGCAUAUGCGAAGACGACAUUCCCAAAUAUAUUGAUAGAUUCCUGCGUUUUGUACAUUGCAAGAAUCCAAUAUUACACACGGGUACCUUGAAGCAAUUUGCGACCAGCGUAGUAGAAAAUGGGCCGGGGUGGGAUGCUGUUUCUUGUCUUGUGCUUAUUGCUUGUGCUCUAGGAGCUAUUGCUACUCCAUUCGAAAACGCUGGCGCUGAGUCCUUUAGUCCAUCCAACGACACCUCGUCGUUGUCCGCCAACACCGGUGCCAGGAUCAUUGCGGAGAACUUCUAUCAGCUUGCCUGUCGCAGACUUGGUCUGCUGAAUCGGAGCAUUAUAGCCUGCCAGUGUCAGCUUCUCUGUGGAAUCUACCAAAUGUACACAAUGCGCCCACUUGAUGGGUGGAACAGCUUUUCUCGCGCAUCUACCAUCUGCGCUCUGUACUUGAAGGGUGGUGAUUAUCUUCGCCAACGGGCUGGGCAUAUGGACGAAGAUGAUGAAUCCUUCACGAGUCAGUGUCAAUCUCACCAACGUCUAUACUGGACUUGUAUCAAAUCAGAGUGCGAACUGCGCUCGGAACUGAAUUUACCAUCGUCUGAACUGGCAAUGCUUCACAUCCCAGACACUCUUCCUUCACCUCCAACCUUUUCUGACCCGCCAAAUCAAACUCAACAUGGAGCUGGGCUCGAUACCUCAUCUCCAGAACCAUCUCCUGCCACGCAAAUGUCGCCUGCGCACUCAACUACCCAGCAACAAGUCGAGGAGCGGUCAUGGUUUUACUACCUAAGUGAGCUCGCUUUGCUACGCAUCGAAAGCCGCGUAACGUAUCACUUUUACAGAGAAAGCAACGACUCGUGGCUUCGAGCCAGUGUUGGCGAUAUGAUAUCCUUAGCUGAGGAUUUUGAGCUACAACUGCAAAACUGGUUAUCUAUGCUACCGACAUCUAUCAGGCGCCAGGAUCCAUCGGAUGGGCAAUCUAUGAAUGAGCUUCAAUAUGUUGUCCAUGGACGUUAUGUCAUCGUCCGGGCAUUGGUAUACCGACCAUUCCUAUACCUCAUGAUCCAUAAACCGAACAUGUCUCCUUCGGAACGUGAUAUGAUCAGACCAUUCGCUGAGAAGGCUCUAGAUUCGCCUUUGAGAAUGACUAGCCUUGGGCCAGCGUAUCAUCGACACCAUGGGAGUUGGUUGGCCUGUCGGACCUACAUAAGGGGUGCUUUGAUGCUUUACGCAGGAGUAAAAGCCGGUUUGUUCGAGGAAGAUGGCUUGCAUGAGGCAAAACGGGGUUUGGAAACAUGUCUCCUGACUCUCAAAUACUGGCAAGAGGAAUCUUCUGACUUUGGUAGGGCAAUUCAGCUAGUUGAACUUAUACUAUCCAAGGUAAUUUGA